UAUAAAACUCCUGAAAUCUUCACAACCCAAAGCUUCUGUGCUUCGCUUCCUCCCCUGCUUGUCUCUCACCAAUUCUCUCCACAUUCUUAUCCAAAGUCCGGUUCUCCAACCGAACUCUCCAAUCCAGCCCGCAGCAACCCAAGCACCUGUCGAUCGGUUUCUGCCCCCGAAUCGAGCUACGCAAGAAGCAUCCGCCGGGUGAUCUGGAGCGGGCAAUAGGCGAUUCUAGAUCGAUCUCGUCCUAGAAUCAAAGCAAUCUUUUGUCCUUGUUUUGUGGGGGAAGAGAGAAGAUGAAAGUUGUGGAUAGGCACUGCGUGGAGUGUCGCACCACUCGAACCCCCAUGUGGCGAGGCGGUCCUGCUGGUCCUCGGUCACUGUGCAACGCGUGUGGGAUCAAGUACAGGAAGAAGACCAGGGGACUGGGCGUGGACAAGAAGUGCUUCAAGAACACACCCACCGCCAACAACAGCGACGACGACGACAGAAUCCAGCGAGGGCUAGCGGAUAUAAUGAAGCAGGGGUUGGUAAAUCCCGCCGUGAAAACAGAGCCCGAGAGAAACAGAGCAACGGCAGGCGAGAUGAGGUGGAGACUGCGGGAGGAAGAAGAGGCGGCCAUACUCUUGAUGGCUCUCUCUUGCGACGUCUUCGGUUGAAAACAUGUCAAAGGCUGCAAUCUUUUUGGCCUUUUGGAGCAUCAUCAUCAUCUUCAACCUCAUGAUGAAGCUGCUGCUCUCGGGUGGAUGAAAAGGAAAUCACCAGCGUAAUACCGGACACUGUUUUUGGUUUUUGCCCCCUUUUUCCUUUUCCUUUUCCUUUUCCCUGGGUGUCCAUACCGACUUGUACACUAAUCUUGCCAAAGCUUGGAAGAACACUUCUAAUUCGUCCAGAAUCGGUUAAAUUGGAUGCUUUACGAGUGAAUACUGCAUUAAUCAA